UGGACCACACUUGGAGGGGAGGGGUGUGGGCCACGGAAGAACUCAUUAAAUUUCGGAGCAGAUUCCAUUAAAGUGGUGGAUCCAGGAUUUACUUUCAUUUUCCUUAACAUUGGGACACAGGGUAUUUUUCAACACUUUGGUCAAUAUUUCGCCUUGGCGGGGGAAUGUGCUCUAUACUGACUAACGACAAAGUUUCAGUGUUUAUCAUUACAAUGAAACUGGUAUAUCAAAGUGAAAGGAAGAAUAUUUCCAAGAAAUGGUAUGACAGAGGUAAACCUCUUGUAGAACCUGUCAUACAGGAAGCCACAUUCUUCAUCUAAUACUGGGAGGAGAAAUAUAUUAAAGAGAGGAUACGAUUCAUCUCAGGACAAAACUCGCUUCGACUGACAGACGACAGCUACAAGACAGAAUACUGAAAUACUGAAGACCAACACGUCCAGCUGCUAUUGAUCUACGAACAGACCAUAUAACUCCAAGAGACAUUUCCAACAGAGGUAGGAAACCACUCAGGACUUUCUUCCAGUUUGACUGCUGUGUUUUCAUCUUCACUCUGAGAGACAAUGUCUGCCCAGUCAGAGGACGAUCUCUCCUGUCCAGUCUGCCAGGAUAUUUUCAAAAAUCCUGUUAUCCUGUCGUGCAGCCACAGCUUUUGUAAAGACUGUCUGCAGAGCUGGUGGAGAGAGAAACCUUUGCAAGAGUGUCCAGUUUGUAAGAGGAGAUCAUCAAAGAGUGAUCCACCUCGUAACUUGGCUUUAAAGAACCUGUGUGAGACUUUCUUACUGCAGAGAGAUCAGAGAGCUUCAGCAGGGUCUGAGUCUCUCUGCAGUCUGCACUCUGAGAAACUCAAACUCUUCUGUCUGGACCAUCAGCAGCCAGUUUGUGUCGUCUGUCUGCAUUCAAAAGCACACAGUAAUCACCAAUUCUGUCCCAUCGAUGAAGCUGCACAGGAACGCAAAAAGGAGCUCCAGGAAUCACUGAGCCCUUUACAAGAGAAACUGGAGCUGUUUGAACAAGUUAAAGGAAACUAUGAUCAAACAGCAGAACACAUUAAGGUCCAGGCCCAACACACAGAGAGGCAGAUUAAGGAGCAGAUUAAGAAGCUUCACCAGUUUCUAGAGGAGGAAGAGGAGGCCAGGAUCACUGCUCUGAGGGAGGAAGAGGAGCAGAAGAGUCAGAUGAUGAAGGAGAAGAUGGAGGCUCUGAGCAGAGAGAUAGCAGCUCUGUCACACACAGUCAGAGCCACAGAGGACGAGCUGAGAGCUGAAGACGUCUCAUUCCUGCAGAACUACAAGGUUACAGUGGAAAGAGUCCAGCAGCGCCUCCUGCUGGAUGAUCCACAGCUGGACUCAGGAGCUCUGAUAGAUGUGGCUGAACACCUGGGCAACCUGACCUACAACAUCUGGAACAAGAUGAAGGAGAUGGUCUCCUGCGCUCCUGUGGUUCUGGAUCCAAACACUGCUCAUCCAGAACUCAUCCUGUCUGAGGAUCUGACCAGUGUGAGAUGUGGAGAGAGACAGCAGCUUCCUGACAAUCCAGAGAGGUUUGAUAACUUCACUUCCAUCCUGGGCUCUGAGGGUUUUGACUCAGGGACUCACAGCUGGGACGUUGAUGUUGGAGACAAUAAAUUCUGGUUUUUGGGAGUGGCUACAGAGUCUGUGACGAGGAAAGGAAAAAUACAGUCUGGAAUAUGGAGAAUAGGGUUGUCUAAUGGUAAAUAUAAAGCCUUCCCCCCAUCAGGCCGAUCAGUUAUUCUGUCAGUGACGGAGACGAUUCAGAAGAUCAGAGUUGAGCUUGACUGUGACAGAAGGAAACUGUCUUUCUCUGAUCUCGAUGCUGAUGAGCACAUUUACACCUUCAAACGCACUUGUGCAAAGAAGUUGUUUCCAUUCAUUGGCAAUAGAGAUGAAUUCCCCAUUCAGAUUUUACCAGAGGAGGAUGAGGAUGAUGACAGCGACAAUGACAGCAAUGAUGAUGAUGAUGGCGAUGAUGAUGGCGAUGAUGAUGGCGAUGAUGAUGAUGAUGGCGAUGAUGAUGAUGAUGGCGAUGAUGAUGGCGAUGAUGAUGAUGAUGAUGAUGAUGGCGAUGAGGAUGAGGAUGACGAUGACGAUCACGAUGACGAUGACGAUCACGAUCACGAUGACGACGAAUUGUUCCAAAUGUUUACACCUGAUUUCGUCCUAUCGGGUUAUAGAUGAAAAUAACAAUAAUUUAACUGAAUCUGACUCUAUCUAAUGUCAUUUCAGUGUAUCUGUAUCACAAUGAUUACUCUAGUAGCAGCAGUGAAAUAAACCAAGAGCAGGAAAAACACGUGAGAUGAACAUGAAACAACUCUGACGAUGAUCCUGUCUGUAAAAGUAGAAUCAUUUUAAUUCUGAUCUCAGUUAUUUUAUCUUAUUUUGUUUUUAAAUUUUUUGUGAUGCUGGUGAUUUAGAAACUGAAGUUGUCUCAGUUUUUAUUCUUGUUGUAAAUUGCUCUGAAUAAGAAAAUCUAAAUGUAAA